CUGAAUCACCGACCAAAUGGAUAUCCUUGCAGUCCCUCACAGCCCUUCGACCCCGAUCCCGAUGACACCGUUUAUCGGGAGGGUCAGUUGGGACUGUGGACCGUUUCUAUCAUUCGCUGACCGACUUGGACUCCUUGGCAAGGUGCCUUAUGACUUGCGACAUCCAACCGCAGCCCUUCACAUCCCGUAUACCGAGCUUCUGUAUCCAAGCGCAAAGGAAGAGACCGAGAACUUUUUCCUCACAUGGUUCUACUUCGGGCUCGUUGCUGAAGUCCUCGGCCUCAAUGAGGGUCCUGGACGAGCUACCGGAGUCGACCAAGAGCACGCAGAGGCUCAGUAUGACAUGGUUUACCGCGACGUUAUUAUGGAGGUAGAUGGCGCUCGGUACAUCAACGGAGCAAAGAUCUUUGAAAAGCUCGAGUCGCGGUUGGCCAGUUUGAUGGCUGGAGAGGGAUACAUGGCGGCCCAGCUCGGGCACAUCAAAUCCUGCCUCUAUCUCACCUGCCAAAUGUUGAGAGCUAUUCACAGCGAAUUUGACGAAUCGGUGCUCCUUUCCAUUGCCGGUUUAGGGGAAAUUGUAUCCUCGGCAGCUCGAGCUUGCUAUGGCCAAUUAAUACGUCGUGCUGUUGCAUCUGGAACGGAAGCACCACCAGAUUCGGAUAUGACCUCACUUGCAUGGGGUCCGAAACACCUCCACUCCAGCAAGCCGCUCAUGUCAGACAUGAUAGGUUUUGGCUGGUGUCCCAGUGAGAUAGAACGAGUCACGCAACUGUAUCGAGGAAUAACAACUAUGUUUUUUCUUUCAAGGCUCAACAAGGGAGGGGCUCGCCGAGAUCAUUCAUCAUGUACCAAGGUCCUUUGCAAAGCGUUCCAGAUCGACCUUGCAACUUACAAGCUAUCCCAUGCACAAUCAGGCUGUUCAUGCUCUGAGUACGUAAUUGACAUUGAAGAAGUACAGAGAGUACUGCGACAUACAAAGUCUUAUCCUAUUUUGUGUUUUAAUCAAUUCGAGAAUGGUCAUAUCAGCCUCACCGUCGAGGAGUACAAGGCAGGAGAUGAAUACGUGGCGCUCUCACAUGUUUGGGCUGAUGGACUUGGCAAUCCGAAUGCCAAUGCAAUCCAAGAAUGCCAAGUAGUUCGCUUGCAAGAACUGAUCACAAACCUUCAACGGGACAUGGUGUCAAGCCAACAUGCCUCGCCUGGCAGUAAAUAUCGGCUGUGGAUUGACACUUUGUGUUGUCCUACAGAGCAAUCAGGGAAAAGAAUUUCUCUGGAGAGAAUCCUAGAUGUGUAUCGCAAUGCGACCCAUGUCCUUGUUCUUGACUCUUCCAUCUCGUCAUACAGCUCGGAUACAUCUCCUGUAGAAAUACUGCUCCGAAUUUUCGGCACUUCUUCAUGGAUGAGGAGACUAUGGACACUACAGGAGGGAGCCUUAUCGAAGUCACUUUGCUUUCAACUAUCAGACCGUGCUGCACAUGAUUAUACUCUUUUUGCUCAAUUGCAGCAAGCCGCAACUACUGACCCACGUCUUUAUCAAAUUUCUAAUGACGUGGAGGCAGAGCUUCAAAGAGUCCACAACUUCUGGGGCCGGCAGGAGAAUGAAGUCUGCGACAGAGAAUCCGGCAAUUUUUUGGAAUCAAGCCUCUACGAAACUCAAUGGGCCCUCUACUUCAGAAGUGUGACGGUUCCAUCCGACGAACCGCUUUGUCUUGCGACGCUCUUGUCGCUCGAUAUGGCUCCCAUCGUUGCAGCAGAGUCACACGAAGAACGAAUGGCACUAGUCUGGCAGCAACUUUCGAAACUAUAUAGAGGAAUUCCUCCGCGGAUCAUCUUCGCCGAGGACAGGCCCAUGAAACAGGCCGGCUUCCGGUGGGCGCCGCUGUCAUUACUUGGUUCCAUCACGAAUUCUGCGAUUGAUGCGAACAGCAGGGCAGUCCGGUUUCAUACACCUAACAAGGCUGCCUCCCACCUUGGUCGUCUGACUCCGGCAGGUCUUCGUGUUCACUUCCAGGGAGCGAGAAUCAGGACUAGACCACUAGCUCUAGGGCUUCCACUCCACCCGUGGCAAGGAUUGAUACAACCCAAAGAGACCUACUUGUAUGCCAAGCAGGAAAGCUCAGGCUUUUGGUUUCGCAUAUUUGAUGCAGAGCUUUUGAGGUUACAGUCAAUGAAGUCAUUUUCUGGUGACGAACUCAAUGAGUGGUAUAGACUAGCGGGGGAUCGACUCUGCUCCGCCCUCGACGAAGGAGACGCUGCCCUCAUACAUGACAGUCUCUCAGGCGAUAAUCACCUCACAGAGUCUAACAACGCCUUGCACACCAGUCUUUUGGUACACAUAAAGCAAUCGGAUCAAGAGGAUGGAGGGGCACUUCUAGUUCACUCUUUUCGGUCUGUAGUUAUAGACCGCCUCAGUAGUUCUGAAGUCCUUGUUGCUGAAGCUUUCAGAACUUUGGCUAGGCAGUUGGCAUCCGAGGAUUUAACAUUGACGUUCCUGAAUGCUCCAGGUCGGAAUGUGGAAGGGGAAGAGUGGAAAGCUAUCAAGGGUGAGAUGAAAGCGAGGAUGAAAGAGGCAGCAAUGGAGUACUGGGAUGAAUCUCCUGAUUUCCAAACGGCUGUCGAGGAGACAAUCGGACCAGACAUGCGGGAAUGGUUUUGGGUAAUGAUCCCCAUGUUGCUGUCGCAUGAAAUAUUACUUGAGGACUUGCCACAGGACCAAAUUUGGAUCGUGGAUUGACUUAAACACUUAAAUAAAGAGUCGCGGAAGUUAUUGCUUUUGUCCCCCUCAUAACUCUGUCUUUCUAAUCGGCUCCUACAGACUUGAUCUCUGAAGC